UCAGCAAAAUAUCGCUGCCAGGCAUGAAGCCAUGUGACUGUUGGCUGAUCGCCUUCUCUGCACAGGUUUGGCGCCUUGUGGAAGAAAUCCUUGCUUUCAGUCGCAUUCGAACCGUGGCCGAUACAGCUUGUCUUUCUGAGACAUUCGGGUGGCAGUGUGAUUUUGGUGGCACUAUGACUGGUGGAAAUCGUGCUCCCUGGCCCAGUGGGACGCUCAGGAGGCAAAAAUCCUGUGUAGAUGGAUUUCUUCUGGCAGCCACAGUGCGAGGUCGUUCUGAAAAGUCCUCAAAUCUUCUGCAGAGACAGUUUUCCGUGGAUCAAGACAUGAGGCAUUGUCAGUCGAACAGCAUCAGGGACGAUUCACGAAAUACAGAAGCCAAUUUUCGCAAUAAAAAACGCCAAUCCACUACAAAUCCUGAAAAUGUCCCGAAAUACGAGCAACAUCAAGUCAACAAUACCGAUUUAUCCGAGCGAUUGAAAAAAGCUCUAAAUCGUCGGGACAAUCGUAUAAAUCUUAAUAUUGUCCUUACCCAAGUAUCCAAUAUCCCUGAACCGGAAGCCAUCAAUGCCAGUGAUUCAGAGAGUCAGUCGAAUGAAUUGGUGCAGGCAUCAGUUGAUUCGAAGGCAUCCAAAGAAGUUCAGGAAAUGUCUCCUGGAGAGACAAAAGGUGUCCUGAAGCAAAAUGCAGCUAGACCACUAGGCCGUGGCCAACGUCCCCCUCUCGUAAGAGCUAUGUCUGCUCCCAUCCGGACAACAGCUGAUCCAGCACAAAAUCGAAGAAAAAAUCCCCGAAGGCGUAAAUUUGGAAGGGACAGAGAAGAGAAUUUGCUAAUGUCUUCCCGCAAGAGCCUCGAACGGCAAGAUGCAAUAACUAGUGACACAUCUCCAUCCAGGAGCACCAAGAGUUGCGAACGUAAGGGAUCGUCUGGUAUUUCAGGUGGAACAAGAUCAGCCAUUGGAUGUGAUAUUGUCACAUUGGUGUCGCUUCUUAGCUCUGGUGGAAGCGAUUCUGAACGAGAGGACAAUGGUCAACCAACUACUGGGAAACCAGAAAAGAGCGUUGUUAGGCCACCGUCAUUGAAGAAGACAGGCAAAUCCGUAUCCUUCCAGGACAAUGACACUUCAACCUUUCCUCCUCCCUCAAAGGACUUCUCCACAAUGUUUCGUCGUGGGUCUGUGGCUCCUUUAGCUGCUCGUAUUCGAUCCAAUCGUCCUCCCACGGCUCCACCAGGAUCCAUCUUCAUUACUGAUUAUGACAAAGGAUGUGGAGACGAUGCAAUGUCCUUAAAGAAACAACCAGUGAAUACGGCCAAGAACACCUUUACAAAAGUGACUUCGAAGGCCAUCAUUGAAGACAAGUGCAAUAGCAUCGAUACUGAAGACGAUAGUCCUGAUAACUUGAAGACAGCUAAAGAACGUGAGUGCUGGAAACUCUUUCAAAAGAUGACAAAUAGAGGCAUUUCGGUGUCCUAUGACACAAUUCUUCGGGGCAUGUUAACUCCCACGGAGCUCCGUAUGAUCCAGAAAAAGCAAGAACUGGAAAAUGCCAAAAGGAAUUCCAUGGAAGAAUCUCAAGCUCCCAAUAAAACCUCAUCUUCGGGAUCGGCAAUUGGAGCAUCAUUAUCAUCAACACAGAAUCGUGAUAAAAUUAAGAAUAUUAGUAAAUAGUGAGCUUUGUUGUGAAUUGUGAAUACAGUAUGAUGCAAAAUGUUCAAGGUUUAGGCAACUCCGAAAUUCUUUAUUGUUUAAAAAAUAUAUUAAAAAUCAGAAAAACGCCGUUUAAAGUCAUUUUGAAAAUCCAAAUCCCUGAUAUUGAGCAAGGGGCAUUGUAUUAUUUAUUAUUGUAUUUUUUUUUUAAUUUUCUCUAUAAUCUCUAAAAAAUAAUCAUUAAAUAAUCUUUAAAAAAUAAAACUAAAAAAUAUAGUAAAAAAUAUUCUUGAAAAUUGUCAAAAAACAUUGUACACUUUACAGCAUACUGUAUCAUUGUUGAUUUGAUUAAUUUUACGCUCAACACAGAAAUCGUUUUGUUUUGU